AUGCAAAAAUCUAAGAAAUCUAAAAGCUGUGGCUGUUUCAGGAUUUUAUUUAAGUCACAAAAGAAAAAGAAUGCAGAAGAAUAUAUAGAGGUUUCCUCUAUAUAGCGCUAAAAGCGCAGACAUUUUCCCAGGAGCUUUCCAAGUUCGUCGGACUAAAUCGCUUUUUGGUCCGACCAAGGCAUUUGAUUUGGUGCAACCUACCGAUAAAUUCCGAUCAGAAUUUAUCGGCCUUACAGCGCCAAACAUAGGAAACUUCUAUAGCUCAAAUAAGAGAAAAUCCCCAAUUCAGCCACCUACUAAUAACCUUCAAAAUUCUUCAAGUCAUCCUUCAGACUUACCUGCAGAUCGAAAAAUUAAAACCGAUACAAAUUUUUACCAACCCCAAAAGCACAUACCUAAUGAAAAAAAUUAUCCUUUAUAUCAAACAUAUUAUAAAUCAACCAUAGUAUCAAAUCAUUCAUACGGAAAUACAUCUUUCCAAAGAGCUCAAUCAAUUCCUGCAAGCAAUAAACCUCCUAGUCUUAACUAUGAAUCUAGGCCAGAUUCUCAAGACUUAAAUCUACAAGUAAAUACGUGAAAACAGUCAAUUCCACCUUUUCAUGAUAUAAGUGGAAUUGGCUUCAACAAUUUUCAACAGAUUUCUCCAAGGCCCUACAGCCAAAAUAGUGUACCUAAUCUUUUUGACACUCAAAAACUAAAAAAGAAGCCUUUAGGGUCUCUACCACCUUUAGUUCCUGCAAUGCCUUGGAGAUUUAAAAGGAAUAAUGGACUUCCUUCUGCAAGAGAGAAUAAUAAAUUUGAUAAUAUAUUAGAAGACUUAAAGAAAGAAAUUGAAGAAGAACCCAGAGUUUUAAUUGAUUAA